AUGUAUUCCGAGGGUCAUCCUCAGGCUGUCCUGACCCUGCAGCCUGCCUGGGCACUGAUAUUAACAGGAGAGACAGUCACCCUGAGCUCUCUGAUCUCCAGCGUGAGUCUGACAGCAUCUCCAGGAGCCACAGUGAAGGAGGGAGAGGCUCUUAACCUGACCUGUGAGGCAGCAGUGAACAAAACCCCCCGCCCUGAACUCCACUACACCAUUGUGAGAGACGGGGAGCCUGUGACUAACAGCACUGACUCUGCACUGUACAGCAUAGCCAGCACUGAGAAGAGCCACACUGGGAGCUACACGUGUGCUGUGGAGUCACAGGGAGUGAAGAAGAGCAGCCAGGAGCUACACAUUGAACUGCAAAAGUCCUGGUCGUGGAUCAUUGCUGCUCUCAGUGUCUCGCUGGUUUUGAUUAUUUUUUUUCCUGUCACACUAUUGCUGUUCUACCGAUACAAGACCAAAGGUUUUCUGUUCAUUGCUGCCAAAUCAAGGCACCCUGCAGAUCAGGCUCCUGCACAGCCCUCGAGGGGAACGGAGCUCUCCGGACUUGGACAGGAGAAUGGUAACUCCACAGCAUCCAACCUAGAGAUUGUAUACGCAGAAGUGAAGCCAAAUCAACAGAACAAAGCUAAACCCCGACCAAAACGUGACUGUGACGUCCUGUACUCUGCUGUCCUUGUCAAGACACCAGAAGAUAACCCCAGUGCUGCAGACAACAGUGACGUCCUUUAUUCAGAGCUUGACAUGAGGAAUAUGAACAAGAAGUGGGGUAAAACCCUGGCAGAUAACAAACCUGAGGUGUUGUACUCUGAGAUCAACCAAGCAAAGCCCUCAGGCAAACCCACAGCAGAUAAUGCAGAGUCCAUGUAUGCCACAGUCCUCCCAAUGAAGAAAAGGAAGUAAAGGAAGGGGGUCCCCAGGGAUGAGAGCCAGCCUGAAUCCAGAGAUACUGAGAAGGAGAGCAUGUCAGAUCACAGUCCCUCCUGAAUUUAGAGAACAUCCCUGGGAUUCAGACCUGUUCCUGGCUAUUGAAUUGAUUUGACGCUUUAGGACAGAGUUACUGGGCCAUUCUACAGAUAAGAGAAAUACAUUGUGCUUUUACUCUACAGACACUGUUUGUUCCAGUGUAACAAUAUAUAAAACAACCUGUGUGUCUUGGA